AUGACGAUGACCGCGGGCGAUAGAAAGGCGGUGCAGGCACAAGAGUCGCCAGGGACGCCCCCUCAGCCUCCAUACUCUCCCGUAACGCCAGUGACCUCUCAGUCCUCCGGAGCAAGCCCCGCCACCGAGUCCAUAGCGGCAUCUCCGCUACCACCAGCUGCAUACCCGACAGCUGAAUCUAUUCCAGCCGGAAUCGACCGUAGUAGGUCAAGCUUGCAUAAGAAUGGGAAUGCCGGCACCAGUUCGACUUCUCUGCCUCCGCAAUUCAUGAAGGAACCAUCGCCUGUGCCCAUCUCCGAAAGUGAGAACCCGGAUGCGAUCGCCCUCCGAUCAGCCAUAACCAUCCUUCAGAUACAGAAGCAGCAAGCCCUACGAGACAUUCGGGCGCUGGAUAAAAUGAAACAGGCAGUUUCUGAAGAUCCACAUACCUUUGCCGAUGAGUUAUUGAAUGGCUCUCUUCACUCAGAGCAAGGCGAUCUAUUCCACCCCCCCUCUCGGGAAGAGGGCGAGCAAGAAGAAAUUAGAAGAAGUGAUUCAGAGGCUAUGGAUGUUGACCAAGAGCAGCGGCCACAAUAUAAUGGUUCUGGCGCAAGUCAAGCAAAACGGCUUGGUACAAUACCCAAACCGCAGAACAUCGUGCGCAUGCCUGCUAUAAACUGGGCAAAAUAUCAUAUAGUAGGUGAACCGCUGGAUAAAAUGCACGAAGAGCAGAGGCUGAGACCCACGCCUGGUGAACCGCGCCACGAUGCGUCGCCAUCCAUAUCGACGUCAAGAAGUCUGGAACACCUACUCGCAGCUCCAUAUCGGCCAUUCGUGGACAAGAUUGAUCCUCGUAUCAAGGCUAGAAGUGGCAACAAAUGA